AUGUCCUCCACAUCCCGCAAGAAGGACAAGGUGACCGAGUCUCUGUCAAACCUAACCCUAGACACAUCCAAAAGCAACAAGAAGGCUUCAAAGCCCAAGAAGAAAGCUGCAGUCGCAGACUCAUGGGAGAACGAUGACGAGUCGUCCGGAUCUGAGAACGAGCUCAGGCCCUCGGUAGCGAGCCCAACGGUCCCAUCAGCACCACCACCAACCCCAUUCGCAGCCAAUUAUGCAUCUAUCCCGGGAUGGGACGAUGCUGGGGCUCAUGCAAGCAACUCUCCCUCUGGAGCGGAUUCGACAAAAAGGCCGGAGAAAACCGAUGCCGUGGCCCGGCGUAUGAUCGCUGCUGGAUUGGGCAUGAAAGCCCUCAAACAGACAGAGGAGCAGAAGGCCUAUCAGAAGUCCAUCAGAGAGCAAGAGAGGAAGAAAAAGGAACAGGAACGCCAGGAGGAACAUCGAAAGAGGAUGGAGGCAGACAAGGCUAAAGCUGCCGUCUGGGAUGACUGA